CUCUGUACCCGUCACUUUCCAAAAAUCCUUCAUUUUUGCUGUAUUUAAUUUCUGGUCAUCAAAAUCAAAGAAGAGAGAAAAAUAGAUUCUAGCACUGCUCAAUCUCCACAGCCGCAUGAUGGUCAUUGCGCCGCGGAGCAGUCCCUUGAGGAUUCUCCACAUCUUCUUUACCGACGCCGAUGCAACCGAAUCAAGCAGCGAGGAAGAGUUGGACUCCGCCGCAAGGCGACGACAUAAAAAGCGUCAGAAGUUCGAAAUCUCUUUCGAUGGUCCCGUAGCCGUCCUCGACAACCCAGCCUCUAAGCGUUCUACCAUGCAGCAGCCUUCUGCGGCGCCUGGCUGCGACCGCAAGAGAUUCCGCGGUGUGCGGCAGCGGCCGUGGGGUCGGUUUUCGGCUGAGAUCCGCGACUCUCUCGUCCUGGAGAAGAGGUUGUGGCUCGGGACCUUUGACACGGCUGAGGAGGCCGCAUCUAUGUACGAUCUCGCGGCUGUGAAGCUGAAAGGGGACAAGGCUGUGACAAACUUUCCCAUUAAGAAGAAAGAUAAAUCGGAAGAUGGGGUGACGGUGGGGGUACGGUCAGCUGAAUUUGUUGGCGGAGGAAAAACGUCGCCGACAUCGGUGAUAGGAUAUGGGGAGGAUGAGUUGGGGUUUGAUGAUUGUCUUGUAUAUGGAGAUGUCGAUGCGUUCGGAUUCAGAGUAGAUGACAUGUUUUGAGCGUCACACGGGAGUUAAACGGGAGGUAUAAUAAUCCUCUUGUAAUUCUCGUAUAAAUCCCGUGUAUCCUAUUAUAUACGCAUCUCUACAUACCUCUUGACGUACUCAAUUUUUUUCCCGGACAAUGGGAACUCCCAUAUUAAACUGGGGUAGGAUUCCGAGACGAUUUCUGCAAAAAGGAAAAACAUUAAAAAAAAAAGAUUGGGGCAUUUAUAUAAUCUUUACCACCCAAUUGCAAUUUAUUUAGAUAUGUACCUCCUAAAUUUUCAUUUUUUAUAUUUAUAUUCCUCAAAUCUUUUA